AAACAAGAGUUUAUGAUGAAGACAGUCACGUGGUUGAUGACGUACUUAUCAUGCGCACCAAAAGGAUUUGGUCAGCUUGGUGGGAUCUAUCCCUCCGUCACCCAACAGUGGCACAAAGGUCACCUUCAGUCGGCUGAACAGUGUGGUGAUCAUAGUGUUCGUUACAGAAACAUUGAAAGCGUAGGGGUAUCGUCGUCGCAAUUGUCACUGUCUGAUACACAUGAAAGCACUGUAGAAAUUCAAACAGAUUUAAAUUUAACCGACUCUAUUGAAACUAAAUAUUCAUCACAAUACAUUACAUGUAGAGACAUGUCGAGACAAUCUAUUGCUGUUGAAGCAUUGAAGAAGACUGAUGUCGAUAAAAUAAACAGGAUCAGUAUGCAAAAUUUAAAGCUUUCCUCAAUAUUUCCAGAGAUGUUCUGGAGAAAUAAUAUUGAAUCAGUUGAAAACUUACCAAGUGGUUCUUCGUUCGAGAUAAGAUUUGACACAUUUGAGGAAGAAUUUGCCAGAAGUUUGCGUUUCCCACAAUUUAUGAGACAAAAAAGGUUUAAGGAAUAUCAUCGUACAAUCAUGGCUGAAGACGCACUAACUCAAAAAUUCAUAAGACCUGGGAGCCACAAGGGCAAAGGGAUUGCUGUGUUCACCAGCGGAGGUGAUUCUCAAGGAAUGAAUGCUGCUGUACGGGCAGUUGUACGGAUGGGUAUUUAUCUUGGAUGCAGAGUGUAUUUUAUUCGGGAAGGUUAUCAAGGCAUGGUAGACGGUGGAAAACACAUUGAAGAAGCUACAUGGUCAUCUGUAUCUUGCAUCAUUCAUAGAGGUGGCACAGUGAUAGGCUCCGCUCGAUGCCAAGAAUUCAGAGAGCGCCCGGGUCGUCGAAAAGCUGCUAAAAACUUGGUCAAUCUUGGCAUACCUAAUUUAGUAGUGAUCGGUGGAGACGGUUCCCUCACGGGCGCCAAUCUCUUCAAGGAAGAAUGGCCGGAGCUGUUGAAAGAACUGGUUGCGUCUGGGGACAUAACUGCCGAACAGAGCGAGAAGAAUAAGCAGUUGCAUAUUGUCGGUCUAGUAGGUUCCAUUGACAACGAUUUCUGCGGUACGGAUAUGACGAUCGGUACCGACUCCGCGUUGCAUCGUAUCAUUGAAAGUAUAGAUGCUAUAGUUAGUACAGCUUAUUCUCAUCAGAGAACAUUUAUAAUGGAAGUUAUGGGUCGUCAUUGUGGGUAUCUGGCUAUCGUGGGUGCUUUAGCUGCGGAGGCCGACUAUGUUUUCUUCCCAGAAUGUCCGCCUCCCGUCGACUGGCCUGAAAAAUUAUGUAAAAAAUUGGAGCAGGAAAGACUUACUGGUCAACGGCUUAAUAUUAUUAUUGUGGCUGAGGGAGCUGUCGACAGAAAUGGCGAUCCGAUUACUGCUGAGAAAGUGCACAAAGUAGUCGUGGACAAAUUACAGCAGGAUACGAGAGUUACCGUUUUAGGUCAUGUACAAAGAGGUGGCAACGCUUCAGCUUUUGAUAGAGUUUUGGGGUGCCGGAUGGGAGCUGAAGCUGUGAUGGCUUUAAUGGAAGCAACAUUUGACACAGAAGCAUGUGUCGUUACAUUGGACGGUAACCAAGCUGUGAGAUUGCCACUUAUGGAAUGUGUGCGUCGUACGCAAGCUGUGGCGCAAGCUAUGGCUAAUAAGAAUUGGGAUCUUGCCGUUCAACUGCGAGGAAAGGGAUUUGAACGAAAUUUGGAAACUUACAAAAUGUUGACUCGUUUGAAAGCUCCAGAUUUAGAUCACGAUGUAAAUAAGGAAGUUAAUGGCCGUACAUUAUCGAAGCAAUACACUUUAUGUGGACAAGAUAAUUAUACGUUGGCGGUUAUGCAUAUAGGAUCACCGUCUUGCGGCAUGAAUGCAGCAGUUCGUUCCUUCGUGAGAAAUUGUAUUUAUCGAGGCGAUAAGGUGUACGGUAUCUGCGACGGAGUGUUGGGUCUCAUGGCCGGUAGAUUAAAAUUAAUGGAUUGGCCGUCUGUCACUGGCUGGGUUGCGGAAGGCGGCGCAAAAUUGGGAACGAAACGCUCACCACCUCAGGAAGAUCAGUUACCCCAAAUCGCUCAGAAACUGAAGGAAUUUGGAAUUCAAGCGUUGCUCAUUAUAGGUGGAUUUGAGGGUUUUCAAACUUGUCUCACAUUUUACAAAGCGAGAAAUAAAUUCGAGGAGUUCCAGAUUCCUAUCGCUAUGAUUCCUGCAACUAUCAGCAAUAAUGUACCGGGCACUGAAUUUUCAUUGGGUUGUGAUACAGCGUUGAAUGAAAUUACAGAGAUCUGCGAUCGUAUUCGGCAAUCGGCGCAAGGUACUAAGCGCCGUGUGUUUAUCAUCGAAACGAUGGGCGGUUUUUGCGGAUACUUAGCGACCGUCGCUGGUCUAGCUGGUGGUGCAGAUGCGGCGUAUAUCUAUGAGGAGAAAUUUAACAUUAAAGAUUUGAAUCAAGAUGUCAUUUCGAUGGCGGCAAAGAUGUCGGAGGGUGUCGAGAGAGGUCUCAUUAUCAGGAAUGAAAACGCCAAUGAAAAUUACAAUACAGAAUUUAUGUAUAGACUUUUCAGCGAGGAAGGAAAGGGUUUAUUCAGUUGUAGGAGAAACAUACUCGGUCAUAUGCAACAAGGUGGCUCACCGACGCCUUUCGAUCGUAACUUGGGAACAAAGAUGGGCUCUAAGGCGGUGGAAUGGUUCAGCGAUCAAUUAAGAAAAUGUACUAGUCCUGAUGGCAAAACGGUCACUACAGCGGUGAACAGCGCAGUAAUGCUCGGUAUUAUUAAACGUCAAUAUAGAUUUACACCAUUCACGGAACUUAUGGAAGCUACUGAUUUUGAGCAUCGCAUUCCGAUGUAUCAAUGGUGGAUGAAACUACGUCCUUUGCUGAAGGUAUUGGCGAAGCAUGAAUCAACGUACGAAGAAGAAGGCCUUUAUAUGACUGUUGAAGAGAUGGAUGGAAAAGAUGAGCAGAAGGAUCCGCCUCUUGUAUAACUCGCGAAAUUAAGCAUCUAAAGUAUUAUGUAGAUAACGUGGACACGCGAGAUUUCUAAUUACGAUGUUUCUAAUCGUAUGGCGAGUAGAUAUCAAUGAUUAAAAGUAUUGCAAUAUUGUAUGACUUAUGAUAAUUUUAUUGCUAUUUGAACGUGAAACAAAUCUUAUAUAUUUAUUCAAUCAUGUGCAUUAAGAAAAUUUGGCUUUUCUUUUUCGUGUUAUUAGUUUUGUACAUCGCUGACUCUUACGACACGGCAUGCGCUGCGUGUAUUUGUUGCUAUUUAUUUAAGACCUGUACGCAAGUUUAAAUGUAAAUAAUUUGGACGGUGUUGUAGCAGGUAUAAUAGAGAAUAUAGGAAAUCAUGUUCUUUUGUUUUUUCUUUUUUUAGAAAUCAUGUUGGUAAAUUGAACAUUUUCCAACUCGGGUAAGAAAUAGGUACAAAGGUACAAAGAUAAUAUGUGAAGCGCAAAGAUAAGAUAUCUGAUGUGUAACGUCGGUGCAGCUUGUUGAUAAAGACGGUAUUUCUCGUUAGCAACUCGGAUGUCUAAAACAUAUCUGUAAGCUUAUUUGGUAAUAUGAAUAUUAUUAUGAACACUAUUAGGUGAGAUUUCAAACAAUGACAAAACUACAUAUGUAUUUAAUAUUAAAAUGUAAAAUUGUUUAAACUGUUUUUUUGCAGAAGAACAAGCAAUCUUAGAUUUGCACCAUUUGGUACAACAGCGAAACAAAAAUAUCCAAAAUUAAUCGCAGAAUUGUGUUAGAGCAGUGUCAGGUAAUUAAAUUAAAGAAAGGAAAAUUCUUUUGUAAAAGAAAGUUUAAUCAACUUUCAUGUGAAUAUAUGUAAUUUUUUGUUGUUUUGAUCAUACAAGCUAAAUCAUAUAUACUCAUCAAACCAUGUUGCAUUACGAAAACAAAACAUCAUUGUACAUGUAGAAAUAUCAGAUUUUAUUAGAUUUGCACAGUAUGUCACAAGAGAUUUAAAAAAUAAAAUAUUUUAAAGUAA